AUGGCUACCUCAUAUCAUUCAUUCAUGCCUGCCUCAUCCCAUUCAUCUUCAUAUUCUUCAUCAUCAUCAUCAUCAUCAUCAUCGUCUGUUUCUUCUUCUGUUACCUAUGUUUGUCCCCAUCUUGUACUUGCUUUUGGUUCUUGUUCAUGUUCCACACAAGUCACCCGUAAGCGGAAACGCGGACACCAAGAAACCAAAAAUAACAAGAUGAACAAUGUUUCUUCAUCUCUGUUGGAUAUGUCUUCAUAUCCUAAUGUCUGUCUCCAUCUAUCUCUUAAUGUUUGUAGUUGUCUCCAUGAGACACAAUUUGUCAAGAAACAAAAACCUGUCCAACAAGAAACCUAUGUUUCAACAACAAACAGCACAUGCAGUUCUGUUGGGACAUGUUCUGAUUGUUCAACCAAUGUUGGUGAUCCAUGGAUGAUCAAGAAGGUGCUGACAAAUAGUGAUCUUGAUGAUAACUGUAGACUUCUGUUAAACAAAGAUAUGGCUAAGAAGUGGGUGGUUCCUGUGGUGGAUAAAGCUAAAGCUGAGAAAGAAGGAGUUGAAGUUGAAGUAUUUGAUAUUGACAUUGGAUUUCCUCUUUCUCUUACAUUCAAGAUACGACCUUCCAACGAUAGUCAUGUCUUCAACAAUACAUGGAUCACAGAUUUUGUAGACAGGAGAAGCUUAAAGAAAGGAGAUGAAAUUGGACUCAAAUGGAAUGAAGAGAAGAAAAGAUUUGAUUUUUCUGUUCUUCAUAGGUCUUGA